UAAAAAUAAUAAUAAUAAUAAUAACAUUGAUAAGAAAGUUAUAUUUAAAAUCGAGCUGGCAGUAAAACCGUUUUACAAAACUGAUAAUUUCCAAUUUAAAAAAGAUUAACACGUAUAUUCAUACCGUCAUACUCAAUUAACGUAAAUUUCAACAUUUUAAUUUCACGAAACAUGAAAUUUUAUUUUUAUACUCGACAAUAAAGAUAAACACGGAAUUGUUAAUUGGAGCGAAAAUCUUAUUGACCAUGAAAAAAUCGAGAGUUGAUGACAAGGAGAACCACUGGGUUGAAGAUAAUAAAUUGGAUAAGUUAUUAUCUCACAAUGAUCAAAUAGACAUGUCAGCGAUAAAUAAAAUAGAAGACACUAUGAAUGAAGCAUUGAUUGAAAAGCUGAGACAAUGUUUACCAAAGCAUCAGGAAAAUUCAGAGAAUAUAAAAAAUUUGCUGGCUAAGCUUUACACUCGCAUUACAUCUUCAGAUCGAAAAAUUCGAGAACGUACAUUGGAAACAUUAUGGAGCAAAGAGUACAACAUUAUAGAAAUAUUUAUGGUAUUACUGGAGGCUUGUAGAGAUAAUACGGUGUGUUGUAACAUUACUGGAAUAUUGCAUGAAUGUAUAGCACCUCAGCAAUCCAAGGUGAAAUUAAAAGGAGCCAAAAAUAAGCACUCAAAAAGCGCCAGCCGUACAACCAUUGCUCAAUUGAUCCAGUUUGGUGGAACCCAAGUCUUCUUAAAACUCUUGAUAAAUUCACAGAGAAGCGAUAACACCAUGUCGGAAGUAUUAGUUCAUGAAGUUCUCUGGAUACUAAGUCAGAUCGCUCAAAAAGAUGUCAAAUUUCCAUUAAAAGUAAGACUUUUAAACGUCACCAAAGUGUUUCACUUUUUACUAAAACAUCAUUACAACGAUGCCCGACUUCUUCUUCCACUUCUUCUUAUUCUGAAAAGUAUCGCUAAAAAUACGUUUGCAGUUCAAAUUCUUAUGAAAGACGGAAUAGCUUCAACCUUCGAAAAAACUUUUGUCGGCAUCGGAUACACACCUAACUUAAAACUAAAAGUUUUAUUAGAAUGUCUGAAACAUUUCACAAGCAAUCGAGUUUGCUGUGCGAAAUUUGUGAAAGGAAAUUUAGUGCACAUGCUGAUGCGCGUUUUCGAUCGCUGGGACAGGUGGGACGGGCAACUGAGACAAAAAGUCGCCAACUACGGACUUUGCACUCUCCAUCACUUGUGUCUGAUAAAAUCCGGGAGAAAAGCACUGAAAGCCAACAAUGGUCUACAACAACUUUACCGCUUCUGCAGCAAUUGUCCUGAAACAAAAGCUUACGACUUUUUGCUUUCACGUAUCUGUGGAAUUAUAAGCCAGUGUUUAGAGAAGAAAGAGCUGCCAGUACCUGAAAUGUCACCUGCUAAGUUCAAUCUACCAAAUGCUAAUGGGAAAAGAGCCAACAGUGUCGACAGUUACAGUGACGUUGAAAGUCAGGUUAAUUCUGUUGGGCGAGUUUGCAGUGACGCAGACUCAGUUGAUGACGACGAUGAUGAUAAUGAUGAUGAUGAGGAUGAUGAUAGCGGAGAUCACAGUGCCUUGAAAAUAGAUAAAAAUAAAUUGGAACAAUUUAAUGAUAUCAAUGUUGACGAGGGGCAAUAUUUUGCUAGUGUUAUUACAUCUCAACGGACUAUUGAAGAUCUUCUCGGGUAUAAUAUUAUUUUUCGAGAACUAGGUAAUUUAAAAACCCAAUUACAGAUGGAAAGUUUAUCAAAUUCAGAAGAAAACAUUGAGUCUGUAAUGAGUAAAGAAACAAAACGUACUAGCUUGUUAAAUCAUGUUACCAAAUUCUGGGAUUUAAGUAAUUUGACAGGUGUUUAUACGCACAUGACAGAUGAAGAAGUUUUACCGUACAGUGGAUAUUCGAGAAAAUUGCGUAUUUUGGACGGCAUCCCGUUCAACACACAAGACAAAUCAGUUUAUUGUACCUGUGCCAGUCGUGUAAGAAGUGUAAUAUCUUUUGUGAAGGUUGCGUAUCCCGAUCUGAUAGGUGGCUGUUGUCGUGGAAAUCCCGAGCCACUUAACGACAAAGAUAGAAAAGUUUGCCGAGCUAAGUUGUUAAGCAGCGUAGACCGUGGCCUUCGACCAAACUUGCUCACUCAGGAAGUGAUUUUUGACCUGGAUGCCCUGGCGAUGACUUGCCAAACCUCUGGAGCAUCUGAAAGACUGACGGAUAGAUUGGUUUUAAGUAAUUCUGAUGAAUCACGAAUCGGUAAUCGUUGCGUCGAUACUAAGAGUUUAUUAUUCGAGUCUAGGUUCGAGAGCGGCAACUUACGAAAAGCUAUUCAGAUAGGUCCAAGAGAAUACGAUUUAAUUCUGACGCCGGACGUGAACAGUGGAUCGAGACACCAGUGGUUUUACUUCGAAGUUUCCAACAUGGAAGCAAACAUUCCUUAUACUUUUAAUAUUGUCAACUGCGAGAAAGCCAAUUCGCAGUUCAACUUCGGCAUGAAGCCAAUACUAUUUAGUGUUACAGAAGCACAAUUAGGUAGACCAGGCUGGGUGAGAACUGGCACUGAUAUCUGCUACUACAAAAAUUGCUACAGGAGACCUUGUCGUGGGAAAAAUUAUCUGACCACUUCUUUUAAUGUUGUCUUCCCUCAUUCAUACGAUAUUUGUUACCUGGCUUACCAUUUCCCAUACACCUACAGCCAGUUAAUGACCCACAUAUGGAGGUGGUCGCGACGACUCGAAAAAGAACCGAUUUAUUUUUCCGCAGAGAUGCUCUGCAAUACUUUGAAUAAUAAUGAUUGUCCGCUCUUGACAAUAACUUCUCCGGAAUCAAAGGCAAAUCCAAUUAGUAAAAGAAAAGUUAUUUUUUUAACAUCACGGGUCCAUCCUGGCGAAAGUAAUUCAUCCUGGAUUAUUCACGGUACUUUGGAAACUCUUCUUGGAGAUAGUACUUACGCUAAGAGUCUUCGGGAUGAUUAUAUUUUCAAAAUAAUACCUAUGUUGAACAUAGAAGGUGUUAUCAACGGUUGCAACCGGUAUGGACUUACUAACGAGGAUCUUAACCGACGUUGGAGUAACCCGAACCGUGUAUUACACCCCGUAAUUUACCAUGCAAAAGGUCUUAUGGAGUAUUGUAGCAGGGUGUUACACCGGCCAAUCCAUGUCUUCGUUGAUUACCACGGACACUCCCGGAGGAAAAAUGUUUUUCUUUUUGGUUGCUCAAGGUCGGGUUCAUGGAGCGCCGCUGACCGCGACAAACCUGAUCAGCCUGCACAGUAUUUGAUGCUUCCAAGACUCAUGCAGAAAACAUCGCCUGCUUUUGCACUGCCUCUGUGUUCAUUCAAGGUCGAAAGGAACAAGGAAUCCACGGCCAGGGUCGCCAUAUGGCGCCAGCUCGGCGUAGCCAGAAGUUACACAAUGGAGAGUAGCUUUUGUGGAUGCGAUCAAGGGCCUCUAGCUGGAUUACACUUGGACACUGUCCACUUGAGAAACGUAGGUCGGGAUUUUUGCCAAGCACUGGCUUUCCUCAAGGACAUCAAUGAUAAUUGGAUUCUUGACAAAUCGACGAAUAAUCAAGAAGAUUGCUGUCCGCUUGAGUGUGUAAGAAAAAAAUGUAUAAGACCUAAGUGUAUUCAAGAUAAACACGCGAGCCAACAUAUCAAUGCGAUUAGAAGAAAUUCUAUGAUUGCCGGCAAUUAAGAUUUAUUGCCGAUGAAAGCAACGAAGAAAACACUGAUGACUUAUCAUCGACAUGUGACUCUGAAGAUUCAAGUUCCGUAGAUUGAAUAAUAUUUAUUGUUAUAAUAAAUAUAUUCAUUUAAUUUAUUAAAAAUUAUUUAGUAAAUUAAAUAUUAAAAU